GCUCCUCGGCUCUUGCCUCAUGGUACCUGCUCAGCCUGUCUCACUAGCCACAAGCCACUUGUCGCUGUCCUCCCCCUGCGGCCUCGCCCAUAGCAACCGAAGCAAUCUCAGUUACGGCUCGUCCAGACUCUCGGUCUCCAUCCAUGGAGCCAGGGGUCGGCGGUGCCCCCGCCUCUGAGGUCCUCCAUCCCGAGCCCCAUGAACAGUCGCCGCGGCCGCUGCCACUGGUGUCGGCCGAUGACAGCGUUGGCGUGGUGCCUUCUGACGCCUACGGCGUGGUCGAAUCCCACCGUUUGGGUGCUCCCUUCGACAACACGCCCGCCUUCGAGCCGACUGAGCUGAGCUAUGAUGACGCCGUCGGUGGGGAAGAUGCGCGGCCGAUAGGUGCAGAGACGGCCGCCGACCUUGGUGGCUCUGCAAUCGAGCGAGCUCACGCUUUCUUACCGGUAGAUUCGAUGGAGCCGAUCUGUCAGGAGAGCUUGUGGUUGAGUGCGGAUGCGGAAGCCACUCCGGCUCCUGUGAAGCGGAAGCGAGGGCGCCCGCCGAAGGCUCAUGGUGCCGGGAGGAAGGCUACGGCUCCAAAGAAGAAGGAUGAGGAGGAAGUGUGCUUUAUAUGCUUUGAUGGUGGUAAUCUUGUCGUCUGUGAUCGUAGGGGAUGCCCUAAAGUAUACCACCCCUCUUGCAUCCACCGGGAUGAGCCAUUUUUUCGUUCACGGAGUCGCUGGAAUUGUGGGUGGCAUAUAUGCAGCAUCUGUCAAAAGGCUGUCACUUACAUGUGCUAUACAUGUACAUAUUCUGUUUGCAAAGCUUGCGUUGGAGGUGCUAAUUUUUUCAGUGUUCAAGGCCAAAAGGGAUUUUGUGAGACUUGCUAUAAGACUAUAAUGUUAAUAGAAUCAAAUGAAAAAACUAAUGAGGAAAAGAUCAGGGUAGACUUUGAUGACAGGAGUAGCUGGGAAUAUUUGUUCAAAGUGUAUUGGUUAACUCUUAAAGUAAAACUAUCACUCACGAUAGAAAAGGUAACUAAUGCUAGAAGUUCAUGGAAAGGAUUUGAUGCUUCUUUGUGUAAAGAGGAAACAUCUGACGAGUUAUAUGAUGCUAAUGACGAUGAAGAAGCCAGUUCUGAUGGUUCUUCAGGACUUCAUCAAUACAUUUCUUCGAAGAAAAGAGUUGGGAGAGGUUCUAAAAGCUCCAUCAAUGAAGAGCUUGCUGCCAAAGGCAUUGAGAGGGAGAAGAAAUAUUUUUCUGAAGACAACAGAUGGGCUUCACCAGUGCUCUUAGAAUUUGUGGCACAUAUGAAGGAUGGUGACAAUUCUGUUCUUUCUCAAUUUGAUGUUCAAGCCCUUUUACUGGAAUACAUAAAGAAAAAUAACCUUCGUGAUCCUCGAAAAAAAAGUCAAAUUGUGUGUGAUGGAAGACUCAAAAAUUUGUUUGGUAAAGAAUGUGUUGGACACUUUGAAAUGUUAAAGCUUUUGGAGUCUCACUUUUUAAUCAAAGAGGUUCAACAGACAGGUACUGAUGAUAACCAAGGAGCUAUUGAUUCUGAUCGUGGUCAUAUGGAUGAUGAAGUAUACAGUAAUCUAACAAAUCUAGGUUCUGAUAAACGCCAGAAAAACCGUAAAAGAGUUGGAGAGAGAGAACUGCAGUCUAAUCUUGAUGAUUAUGCGGCAAUAGAUGUCCAUAACAUUAAUCUUGUUUAUUUACGUCGUAGUUUGUUGGAGGAUUUAAUUGAUGAUGCCAAAUUCACUGAGAAGGUUGUUGGCUCUUUUGUUAGAAUAAGGAUUCCAGCUUCUGGUCAAAAGCAAGAGAUGUAUAGGCUUGUUCAAGUUAUUGGCACACAUUUAGCUUCUGAAAAAUACAAAGUGGGCAAGAAAUCAACUGACAUUGCUCUGGAUAUUUUGAACUUAGACAAGAUGGAGUCUUCAUCCAUUGAUGCAAUCUCAAACCAAGAUUUUACAGAGGAGGAAUGCAGGCGCUUGCGGCAGAGCAUAAAAUGUGGCUUGAUUAGAAGAUUGACUGUGGGGGAUCUUUUGACAAAAGCCAAAGCUAUACAAGAAGUGAGAGUUAAAGAUUGGUUAGCAAGUGAGACACUGCGACUCAGUCAUCUUCGUGAUCGAGCAAGUGAUUUGGGCCGGAGAAAAGAGCUCAGAGAGUGCAUUGAGAAGUUGCAAAUUCUUGACACAACUGAGGAACACCAACGUAGACUUAGUGAAAUUCCAGAAAUACACGUUGAUCUGCAUAUGGAUCCCACUUAUGAGUCUCCUGAAGAAACGGAUGAUAAGAAAGAAGAUAGUUUUAACAGGUCAAAUGUUCCUUUGUCUCGCAAGAGAGGAAGAAAUUUAUUCUCUCCUGGUAGAGAAUCAAUAUCAAGUUAUCAAUUGAAUGAGGCGUCAAGAAGUUUAACUACUGAUGGGAUAUCAAACAGGAAUCAUAGACCAGAAGAUGCAGAAGAUAAGAUUGCACAUAAUCAUGCAGUAAAACAAGAUGCCACUGUUUUGAACAGUGCCCAACCUGUAACUAAAGUAAAACACUCUUAUAACACUGCAUAUGAAACUGACAUCAGAUGUUCAGGUGUGUCUGUGCCACAAUAUGACACUGAGCACGACAAAGUCUGGCAUUAUCAAGAUCCAUCUGGAAAAAUCCAGGGUCCCUUUUCCAUUUUACAGUUGGACAAAUGGAACUCCACUGGGUUUUUCCCCUCAGAUCUUAGGGUAUGGCUAGCAUCUAAAAAUCAAGAAACAAUGUUAUUGAAUGACUUACUGAUGAAAUUUCAGCAUGGUUCACAACAGAAAUCUCAAUCUGCUAAUCUUACCCAGCCUCCAAGUUUUGCAGGUGGAGCAGCUAAUGCAGGACAGAAGUUGGAUAUGGGUUUGAGAGAAAAUAAUAAUCCGUCACUGGUGGAUAUCAAGCAGAAUGAGCAUAAUUGGAAUGCAAAACAAAAUGAUGUAACUUUAUCUUCUGCUGGGCACAAUGUCUCAAACGUUGAAAUGCAGGUUCUUCAGGCAUCUAAUAACAGUGAGCAAAACAGGGAGCUUGUUACUCGAGAAAGAAGGGUUGGAGCCGCUACACAUGUCAGGGAAUCUUUAGCUGAUAUAAAUACUUGCUUUGGCCAACAGGCAAGUUAUAGCAUCCCUGACCCAAACCCAUGUUUUUCUGCUUCCUUAAGUAAAAAUAUGUACAAUUCUCCAGCCUAUCGAGGCAUAGGAAUGCAAUUAGAAAACGCUGAGAGAUGGAGCACGAAGCAGGACCACAGGAGUUCCUGGAAUUCAGUUAGGUCUAGGCCCAUAAGACCUAGUGGUCAGGGUUAUGAAGGCCAAUAUUCGAGUCAGAAUCCUUUAAACCAACAAUCACAUCAGGUUUCUCAACUGUAUCAACCUAUUCAAUCACCCACUAAUUCUAGAAGUCAAUGGGCAAAUGAUGGAUAUGGUCUGUCUACUCCCACCCAGCAGCCAAGUAGUAUGAGCUGGAUAAGCCAUCAAUCUCAUACUAUGGCACCUUUUGCAUCUGUUACUUCUAUUCAUAGAGUACGCUAUGGCUGGAAUGCUAUACCAAGUGCUCAGUUGCAUCAAUUAGCUACUAACACGAUGGAUUCCAAGGCAAGUGUUCCAUUAGUGGCUGCCAUCCAUGGGUGGGGUCCAAAGUCAUCCUCAAAUGCCCUUAAUCAACAUGCUGAACCAAAAGACUGGGUGUCAGAGUCGGCUACAGCAAUAUCAGCUGCUGAUACCAACCUGAAUUUUGGAAAAAUGGAUAAUUUGAAUAAUUCAUCAGCAACCAAUCAGCUGAAAAAGUCUUCAUCUCAUCCAAGUCCUUCAAGUGCUUCACUUAGGAAAAACAGCCAAUUUUUUGAAAGUUCAUAUCCUAGUCAAACUCCAAGUAAUGAGGAACAUGACUCUGCUUUUCCAGUGAAUGAUCCUGAUUCUCACAAGGCCUUGGAUGGAUUAUCAGGUGAUGCAGAUGUAGAUAGUUCUGUCACUACUGUUCUUGUAUCAGAACCAUUAAAUUCAAUUACGCCUUGCCUUUCUGUUGAGGUAGAUGGCACGCAAUCCUCCAUGAAAUCCAGCAAUGAAAUGGCAGAUAAGAUUACUGAGGUUGAGAGGUUGGCUUCCCUAUCUUAUGAUUCAGAGAACAAACAACCUUCUCUUGCACAGAUAGAUGACAAGCUGAAAAACCUCACUCCAAUUAAUAUGGCUGAAUCUGAACCUGAUGCAUUGGACAAUGAUUCAGUUCAGGAAUCAGAAGCAUUGCAAGAUCCCAAACUAGCACCUGAAGUGACAAAAACACAUAAUAAUCUUCAUUACUGUGGCACUAAUUUUCCAUCUUCAGGGAAUAAAUUGGAUCAAACAGAAACUGAAAAUCCAGAAUGCUCUGAUCGUGGACAGAUUGACAUGAAGGGCAUCAAAUUGGCAUCCCCUUGUAGUACACCAGUUUCUGGACCAUAUGAAUGGAAUGCCACUGUUGAUUCUACCUCUGGGAAGAACCAAAAUGACAUAAUAGUUGCUUCAGUUGAUUUUCUUCCUCCACUAUCUCCAACUAUAUCAGAUAUGCUCACUGAACCUGCAUCAUCAAGAAACACUGCUUAUGAGAUGGCUGAUGCUGAUGCUGCUUCUGACAGAAGUUGGGAAAUAACUCCCCGAAGUCUAAGAAUUAUUGAAGCAGCUGCCCAUGGGGCCGGGAGUUUAGGUUGGGAUGAGGAAGUUAAAUCUAGGAUUGUCAGUGGAGUAAUAGCUCAAGGGAAAACCAACGUGGCUUUGGGAACUGCAGAACAAACAAGUACUAAAACAGGUUGGACUUUGCCCACAACAAAAAGAACUGCUAUGAGUUCAGGUUGGGGGAAACCUACACUGAGGAACACAAGAGAAGCCUUGAGUAAAGGCAACGCCAAUGCUGGCUGGGGAGCACCUCAAAAAGUCGAUGAUUCUGGGUGGGAAGCAACCAUGAAGAUAAGCCCUGGCCCAGAAUCUGGCUGGGUACCGCCAGCAACAGGAUUUUCAAAUCAGAAUGAAAAUACAAACAGUAGUUGGGGAAUGACACUCGGAAGCAAGAAUGCUAGCUGGAGUUCAGCUGCCAUGUACCAUGAGAAUGUGGAACUUAAGAAAAAACAUGGGGACGAUAAGUACCAUGAAGGAAGUGAUUCAGGAUAUAGUGCCAGGUAUACCCCACAGCAUCGGAAUAAUUUUGGUGGAGGUGGAGGGUCUGUACGACCUCCAAGAGGGCAAGGGCUGAGACGGGUGUGCAAGUUUUAUGAGAGUGGGCAUUGCAGGAAGGGUGCAUCAUGCAAUUACUUGCAUCCACGGCAGUAAAAUUUUGGUUCCCAUAUUUCUGGUCCUUUAGUUUUUGUACAGUUAAACUAAUGGCGUUGUGCUGGUGUAUACCCUUCAAAACUUCUUGCUUGUACCAAGUCAAGCUAUAAUUACUGGAAUAGUUCUUGAAGGAGCAGCUGUUCAAUGUGACUAUUGGAACUUUGUAAUCUAGCUGAAUAGCUGUUCAGGAAAUAGCCAUGUUUUGUUUAUUUUGUAGACGAUCAAUUGAUGAUUCUAACAUCUUGUUAUGAUCACCACCUAA